AUGGCCCAGAAAACCUUCAUCCGACGAAAACUGGUCGUCGUCGGCGACGGUGCCUGCGGCAAGACCUCGCUCCUCAUCGUCUUCUCCAACAAGGAUUUUCCUCAGGACCACAUCCCCACCGUCUUUGACAACUACGUCGCCGACAUCAUCGUCAACGGCCACACUGUAGAGCUGGCUCUCUGGGAUACGGCCGGACAAGAGGACUAUGACCGCCUGCGACCCCUCUCCUAUCCCGAUUCCCAUGUCAUUUUCAUCUGCUUCUCGGUCGACUCGCCCGACUCGCUGGAAAACGUCGAGCUGCAAUGGUACCCCGAGGUCCGAAAGUACUGCCCCAAUGUACCGAUUGUUCUGGUUGGAUGCAAAAAGGACUUGCGGACCGACCCCGAUACCAUCGCCUCGCUUCGGGCCAUCGGACUGGAGCCGGUCACCGCCCAGCAGGGCUUUGCCGUGGCCCAGAGACUGCAGCUCUACCGAUACGUCGAAACCUCGGCAAAGACAAGGGAGGGCGUCAACGAAGCAUUCGAUCAUGCCUGCCGAGCAGCCCUGACAAACAUCACCCCCAAAAAGCGUCCCUGUGUGAUACUCUGA